GCGAACAUACGUCUACGCCUGAAACAUGCGUGUCUACUUUUCCUUGAAUUGGGGGCUCAUUAAAGAGAAUGAGUUAUUUCAAAUGUAUAAGGCAUUAAUUAAAGUUGUUGGGCACGUGACGUUACAGGUGAACUCACACCGCCCUCCCACGGAUCGGUUCGUGGCAUUGCGCGAGAGUUUUCCGGAAUUGCGCAGGCGCUUGCUGUACGUCGACAAAGAGCACACCGUCGGGAUAUGGCAUCAAAAAAACCUUCGCAGGAAGAGAUACAAAAAUUACCUGGAUGAGGCUUUCGGGCUGGAGCCCUUAAAAGAGUACAGGGCUGGUCAUCGCGACGUCACCCCUGCCCAGGGCUGGCCUUGUGUACCACGCAAGAGGAGGUGCCUCUCCUCUGCCGAUAGCGUAUUGGAUCUCCCUUCGUACAGUUUCGCUGAAUUUCCCGAGCUACUGGACUGGAGUAAUGACAACAUCUUAGUGGCUGCGCUGGGCAGGGACUACCAUAAGUGGAGCUGGCGCACGCAGAGCCUCAUCAGCGAAGGUUUCGCACUUAACGAGAUCCAGUGCUGCAAGUUCGAUCCACGGGGGGAAAUGCUGAUCCUAGGCACUGACGUGAAGACUGUGGAGGUCCACAACAAUCUGCUAAGCAAGUGCGUGAACAGAAACUACUGCAGGUGUCUCACGAAUGACGACGAGCACUGCUCCAUCACAGCCUUAGACUGGAGUCCUACGGGAAACUCAUUCAUCACGGGAUGUUCUCGAGGCAUGGUGGGCGCGUACGACCGCGACGCUCAGCUGAUCAGCUGGCGGCGUGCCACCAGAUCUGCCGUGUUGGUGACUCGAGUGUCACCCGACGCACGUUACGUCGCCGUGUGCGCUGUAACCUCCGUCAAAGUCAUAAUGCUGAGCUGGCCUGCGCUGGAGUUUAUCUCCAGACUCAACUCCAACUCGACUGUCAAGACUCUCGCGUGGCAUCCGUGGCGGAGCGCACUAUUGGGCGUAGGUGCAGUGACGUCCAACAUGCAGACCUGUCUUGCGCUGUGGGACACGCCCAAGGCCAAGGUCCAACAGACCUGCCUCGAUAAGAGCAACUACUGCCUCGAUGCCAUGCUCUUCAGCCACCGCACUGGCGAGCUGGUGCUCAGUUUGUGGGAUGCAGACCCCGCCUUAGCUUACCAGAGGCCAAAUUCACACCUAGUGGUGAUGAGCAACCCGGACACAGUAGUGGAUCACUGGGGCGAAGGCCGCAACGAACUCGACAGGGUCCGGACUAUGAUCUUCAGUCCUGAUGGAACUAAGCUGGCGACUGCCACAGUGGACGAGGAUCUGAUAAUCUGGAACUUUCUACCAGAGGACAAGAAAAAGAAGACUAACCGCAGAAGAUUCGCUGCGAUACCAGUUUACUUGGACGAGGCUACGCACGGCUAUUCCUUAAGAUAAGCUUCGGCAUGGUGCUUAAUUAAUGUGAUUUCUAAAAUUACAUUAAUAUUUUCUCAUAUUUUUAUGCUGGAUGUACAUAAAUAAUUAUUGUGUUAUGGCGGCACUUUACUUGGCCUUUCGUGUUUGCUAUUUGUAAACUUGACAUAGGUCUGUCCUUUUCAUUCCAUAUAAAGCUUGAUAAAGACAUACCGUUGUCAAGUUUACAAAUAGCAAAUACAAACAGCCAAGUUAAGUGCCGACAUUAGAAUAACAAUGAUCAUUAAUUUAUUUAUUUUUCGAAAAUAGUAACGAAGUGUAUUGAACUCACUAUUUACUUUAUUGCUAAUUUAUAAAAAAAUGUCGAGUUUGCAACGUGUGAGUUUUAUUUUUGCAGUUUUAUUCUGUUACUUUUUCCAAUUUGCAG